GAUUGAGAGACCGUAACCAACGGUCUUGGUGAGUCCCGUAGAGCUCAGAGCGGGUCCCCGCCAAGGCUUGUGUGGCUGCCGCCGGCCGGAAGGAUUCUCGGUUGCGAUUUUUCCGGCGAUAAGGUAGAAGGACGAAGUAAGCAGGAAAGAAGCGGAAGGAUUCUCAGUCGUUACUCUCCUCUCUCGUUGCCUCACCUCUCUCGCUCUCCAGAUUCCUGCCUCACCUCUCUCGCUCUCUCGUUCCGCUCCUCUGUCGCUGCCUUACCUCUCUCGCUCUCUCGUUCCUCUCCUCCCUCGCUGCCUUUCCUCUCUCGCUCUCUCGUUCCUCUCCUCCCUCGCUGCCUUUCCUCUCUCGCUCUCUCGUUCUUCUCUUCUCUUGCUGUUCUUUCUUCUCUCGCUCUCUCGUUCUUCUCUUCUCUUGCUGUUCUUUCUUCUCUCGCUCUCUCGGUCCUCUCCUCCCUCGCUGUUCUCUUACUCUCUCGUUCCUCUCCUCUCUCGCUCUCUCGUUCCUCUCCUCUCUCGCUCUCUCCUUCCUCCCCUCUUUUCCCAACGUCGCCCGCUUGCAGCCCCAGGCCUUCAUCUGCAACAGGAAAUUUGGGUUUAUCCCUCUUGGCUGCUCCUUACUCAGGUUUCUUGGUUUGAGUUUCUGAUCAGGAGAUAGAAAAACAAGGGGGGAGCAAUGGCUACAACUUCAUCUUUCUGCAUCUCCAGUCUAGUUGUCUAUGCUACGCGGAGGUAUGAUCCAAGACCGGAGCCAAGUUUGUGGGUGAAAUUCUCGGGCUCAUUUUGCCAGUUGAAGCAAAGUAAACAAGGUCGUCUCAAUCAGAGAGCUAGAAGGCGGACAGUCAGAAUAAUGGCAGUAACAGAAAGUUCAGGUAAACCAAAACAGACAGAUGACAAGAUCCCUUCUUGGGCAAGGCCUGAUUCUGAUGAACCCCCACCAUGGGCUGUCGAGGAGACCAAAGCAGGAUCGUCCUUUCAAAGCUUUGAGUUACCAUUUUAUGUUUAUUUACUUGCAUCAGCCGUCACGGCAAUAGCUGCGAUUGGCUCAAUUUUCGAGUAUGUGAACCAGAGACCUGUUUUUGGCAUAAUUAGUCCAGACAACGUGGUUUAUGCCCCUUUGCUUGGGUUCUUUGUCUUCACUGGAGUACCCACAUCUGCUUUCCUAUGGUUCAAGUCUGUUCAAGCUGCAAACAAGGAAGCAGAGGAGCAGGAUAGGCGUGAUGGUUACCGUUGAAAGGGAGUGCAAGUUCUUGUUGUACCAUAUUUACUUCGUUGCUCUCCCUAGUUCUUCUCUGUAACUGAUAAUUAUGCAAACUUUUCUGUUCUGCCGUCCAUUUCUCUUGAUCACCUGUAUAAAAUGAUUAUGGUAUUUUACGUCCGCUUGGUCAGGUUCA